GAGAGAAGGAGUCCCACCCUGGAAGAGGCCGCGCCCUCACAGGUCCUUCUGCCUGACUGUUCCGAUGGCGCUCCUCAUCCUGCUGUUCCUGCUGCUCAGCCCCUCACACUCCCACCCCACUUGCCAAGUCUCCAAAGUGGACAGCCUGCUGCAAGUGAACUGUGAGAACAGAAACCUGACCGCACUGCCCGAGGGCCUGCCGGCGGACGCAGGCGUCCUUCUCCUGAGCAGCAACCGACUGGGUGCCUUCUCCACAGCAGCCGUGGUGCAGCUUGCCCACCUCGCCGAGCUGAGCCUGGAGCGCUGCGGGCUGAGCAGCCUGCAGACCCCGGCUAGGCUGCGGAGGCUGGAGAGCCUGAGCCUGGCCCACAACGACCUGCAAAGUCUGCCCCCUCUAGGAGAGGCGCUGCCGGCACUCUCGACGCUGGACCUCUCCUUCAACCAGCUGGGCUCGCUGUCUCCGCACGCCCUGGACGGCCUGAGCCACCUCUGCGAGCUCCACCUGCAGAACAACAAGCUCAGGAGUCUGCCCCCCGGGCUCCUGGAGACCACAACCAAGCUGGAGAAACUCAAUCUGGCCAACAACAAGCUGCGGGAGCUGCCCCCCGGGCUCCUGCACGGGCUGCAGGCCCUGGACACCCUGUACCUGCACGGGAACUGGCUGCGCACGGUGCCCAGAGGCUUCUUUGAGGGCCCCCCCUUGCCUUACGUUUUCCUCCACGGCAACCCCUGGUACUGCGACUGUGAAAUCCUCUACCUCCGCCAGUGGCUCCAGAACAAUCCCACCAACGUGUACUUGUGGAAGAAGGGUGUGGAUGUCAAGGCCAUGACCUCUAACGUGGCCAGUGUGCGCUGCGCCAACCUGGGCAAUGCCCCCAUGUACACCUACCCAGGAAAGGGCUGCCCGACCAAUCUUGGCGACACAGACAGUGAUGAAUACUAUGACAGUUUCGAUGUACCUACCACAGGGGCUGAGGUCAAGCUCUCCACUGGUGCCCUGGCCGCCCGCCGGGGCCUGCUCUCCUCAGCAUCUCCCACUUCUCUAGGCAGCCAGAUGACUUCUUUGCCCCCGACCCACAAACCCUCCAAGAAACAACCCACAUCCACCCACCCGCAGAUCCCAGGCCUCACCACACUCCCAGAGACCGAAGAACCCAACACGGUCCUCUAUGUUCCCACCUCUACCCCGACCUCCCCAGCACCCAGCACCUCCACCCUGACCUCCCCAGCACCCAGCACCUCCACCCCGACCUCCCCAGCACCCAGCACCUCCACCCCGACCUCCCCAGCACCCAGCACCUCCACCCCGACCUCCCCAGCACCCAGCACCUCCACCCCGACCUCCCCAGCGCCCAGCACGGCCCCAGCACCCACCACCACGUCCACCCCGACCUCCCCAGCGCCCAGCACGGCCCCAGCACCCACCACCACGUCCACCCCGACCUCCCCAGCAUCCAGCAUGGCCCCAGCACCCACCACCACGUCCACCCCGACCUCCCCAGCACCCAGCAUGGCCCCAGCACCCACCACCACGUCCACCCCGACCUCCCCAGCACCCAGCAUGGCCCCAGUGCCUGUCACUUUCCCCCCAGCUACCCCAGAGACCAGCAGUACUACCCCAAUCACCCCAGCACCCGGCACCCCACCCAUGCCUACCACCUCCACCCCGACCUCCCCAGCACCCAGCACGGCCCCAGCACCCACCACCACGUCCACCCCGACCUCCCCAGCACCCAGCACGGCCCCAGCACCCACCACCCUCACCCCGACCUCCCCAGCAUCCAGCACGGCCCCAGCACCCACCACCCUCACCCCGACCUCCCCUGCGCCUUUCACUUCCCCCCCGGCUACCCCAGAGCCCAGCAGCGCCCCCCCAAACACUGCAGCGCCCACUGUCAGCCCAGUGUGCACCUCCCUAGCCUCUCCAGAGUCUAGCCCAAUUGAGACCAACUUACUGCUCUUCGCCACAGAAGUCACCCCACUCCCCGCCUUAGCAUCCACCACAGCAACCCCGGGCUGGAACGGCCUCCUCAACUUCCAAAUGAUGGCUCAAACAAAUUCUGACACCCUCAAAAGUGAGCCUUUUCUCCAUUCCGACUUUUGCUGCCUCCUCCCGCUGGGCUUCUAUAUUCUGGGUCUCCUCUGGCUCCUGUCUGCCUGCGCAGUGCUCGCCCUGCUGCUGACCCGGAUCUGGCACAUGAAGCCACACUCUCUGGCCUCGGGCCCGAGCGAGUCCACAAGCACACACACCACCAGUGUGGAGAUGCAGAGGGCAAGGCAAGUGACCGUGCCCCGGGCCGGGCUGCUCUUCCUGCAGGGCUCUCUCCCCACGUUCCGUUCUAGUCUUUCCCUGUGGGUGAGGCCUCACAGGGGUGCGGGGCCGCUUGUCGCAGGACGACGGCCCUCAGCUCUGAGUCAGGGUCGUGGGGAGGACCUCCUGGGUACAGUGGCUGUGAGAUACUCAGGCCACAGCCUGUGAGGCUGCCAGACUUUGGUGGGCUCCCGGGACCUAGCUGGGUGGGGCUGGACGUCACAGGUGCACCUACUUACUUCUCCUUUGCCUGAAGGCCCCUCCUCACCUCCAGGCACUCAAACCCAGACCUCAUACCAAGAGGCAGUGAGGUGUUGAGCUUUGGGCCUAGACCGCUGCUAGGCUACAGGCCCACUGCUACCUUUGAGGAAAACGAGACGGAAGAGCGACAGAAAUGGUGCGGGAUCCCGUCCGCUCACACUUGGAAGAAAACCGGGAGACGUUAGUAUGGGGGCACUCUCCCUACCUAUCAGCGUACCUCUUCCCUGUUUAACACUCUGGUUUUCCACCAGCAUUACCGUUUGUAUAAUAAAAAAAUUUUUAAAUGAAAAUGUACCUUUUUUUGCGGAGAUUGAAAUGUCUG